UUAAUUUUCACUUGCUUGUCCCCAUUUUUGGUUCCUUUAAGGGUGAAGUCUCUGGUAGUUUUCCACUUCAAUAGGACCAUGAUUUGGUCCGAAAUGUAUUCAGUGCUCUCCCCCGCCUCUAACUUCACGCAGAGGGGAAAAUGCGGACAGCAGUACAUAUGCCUCUCUUGCUCGUAGGUUCAAACUGUUUCUCUCAAAGCCUCACAAAAGUGACUAUCGCUGACAUUUCAGGUGGUGUGAAGGACGUGCUGGGGUGUGCCUGAAGAAGAAAGUGAAAUUCUGAAGCUUGGAACUUGCACUGUAAAUGUUAACGCUGCGUGUGCCUUAGGGAGCUCCGUCCUUCUGUGUGUCUUGUGGAGCAGGGACAUCUUUACUGUACGUCUUUAACAGCACCCAGCAAAUAAAUAACACAACAGCAGAGGGGACACGGACACAAGUGUAUCGGUGUCCGCGUGAAACUUCCCUGCCGACGGGAUGUUGCUACCGCACAAGGCAAGAGUGUAAAUUGUAACACCCGUUACUGUGUGUGGGCACCGCUCAACAGGACUUCGCCACCCAGUCAUUUCCUUGAGGGAUCUUUCACUGGCGCCUCAUUCUGCAGCAGUGUUUGCACGGAGAGAGAAAGAGCUGCCUAGUGGGACUGUCAAGCAUUUACCCAAUCGAAAGGUGCUUGGGAGGAAAUUGACAUUUGGCAGCCAGUCUCAGCGCCUUACUGGAAAAGCGAAGAAGUAGAAGUGCUUUGUAACUCAGCCAUUCUCACGCCUCUGGGGAGUGGGAUCACUGAAAAGGAAGCAACCCAGCAGGGCCAGCACGAGGAGACAAGUCUUAACGGAAGCUAAAGAAAUGGAGAAUGGGACCGAUCCUGUCUGCAUUGCAAAUAAGCCUCCGUUCUCUCUUAAAAUUAUCGAAAGGUGCUGCUUGACCUGUUCCCAGUGGUCGUUCUGCAAGACUUGCAAUGAUGCAGACGACUGCAUGAAACAGAGUGGCAAAUGUCCUGCAUAAACCAGACUGUACACCGCAUACGACUGUGGGCCUGCUCACUGAUAUUUUUGUCAAACUCCAGGACAACUGGGAAUCCUGCUUUUGUAGACUGCAGCAACAACUGUGUUUGAAAGCACAAGCUGAUGGUUUGUUUUUUUUUAAAUGUACCUACAUUUAUUAAUCAUUUAUGCAGUGGCAUAACUGUGCAUUAGGCUGUGUAGAACAAAGACAAAGCAAGGCCCUUGCCCAAAGGAUCUUACCUCUAAUCUUACACAAAAUGUGUUCAGUGAUGAUAAUAGGGGGAUUAGGGAGACAAAGGCUAUAGAGACAAGAUGCUCUGGACUUGAUCUAACAGGUAUAUUUCUCUUUGCCAUCUUGACUUUAAUGACACUAAUAGCCAAUCUGGUGUUUGUAGAGGAAGUGUUCUAUAUCUACAGGAAAACCCCCUCCUCUAAAAGGAUGAUUUUUAUUUGGAUAAAUGCAGCAGCUCCGGUGAUAGCUACUACAUCAUGCAUUGGGAUGUGGAUUCCUCGCUCAACAAUGUUUACAGAUUUCACUGCAGCAGUUUUUUUUGCCAUUGUGAUCCACAAGUUCAUGCUGAUGAUGAUUAAAGAAUGUGGAGGUCAAAAGUUAUUUCUCAGGAGAUUUGAAAAUGAUCGUUUCAAGAUCAGCACAGGUCCCUGCUGUUGCUGUUGCCUUUGCCUCCCUUACGUACACAUCACUCGACGAACCCUGUUUCUGCUGAAGUUGGGGACUUUUCAACUUGCUUUUCUUCGACCUGUGCUAAUGUUUCUGUCAAUAGUGCUUUGGACCAAUGGAAACUACAACUUUUCUGAUUUAACUCCUAAUGGAGCUGCAAUAUGGAUUAACUGCUUCGUUGGUGUCCUUACAAUCAUUGCUCUUUGGCCAAUUGGAAUCAUGUUUCAACGAGUUCGAGUUCUUCUUACCUGUAAGAAGAUCGUCCCUAAGUUUGCACUUUAUCAGUUUGUCCUCAUUCUGAGCCAACUCCAGGCAGCCAUCAUCAAUAUCUUAGCUCUGCAAGAAAUUAUUCCCUGUGCACCACCUCUGGCUUCUUUAGCAAGAGGAGCAUAUAUGAAUCAACAGCUCCUCAUAAUGGAAAUGUUUCUGAUAACACUGAUCUCAAGGGUGGUGUAUAGGAAAAGGUAUGAUGAUCUGGAACUUCCAGAGUGCACUGACCAGGAAACUAGCGACAACAAACAGAACACCAAGGUCAACCUAAAUGGCAAAGUUAUUGAAGAUGGAACCCAAAAUGUUUAGAAGAUGGAUGGAUGUGCUGUCUUCUGAGAGCUGGGACAAUACUUGUAGCCCAACUCGGCUUGCCCACGGCAAGAUCCUGACUAAUGUAUAUGCUUUACUUGAGGAGACGUCCAUUGCAACUUUUAUAUCCUUAUACUGCAAAUAGCAGAUAUCUGAGCUGGAACAGCUUCUGGGAUAAAUUCAUGUGACUUGGACAGAAAGGACCAAAAAGUGGGAGGAUAAACCUCCUUAUUUUCCAGAGAUACAUACACAGAGUGAGAGAUUUCAGUCUCCAUAUAAUUUCAUGCAGUUGUCAGACAAUUUGGGUCCCAUCAGUUGUUUGAACCUUGCAGUGUAACUGUGAAUUGAUGUAAUACAGUAUUGCACACAUUACGGUGUUUAUACAAUGUGGCAACACUGGAGA